CGUCCAGCAUGGCGGCGCUGUAUGAGGGAUACACGUUGUGCGGACUGGUUCAAGAUCAAAAUGUGUCACACUCUGGCAUUCAGGGGAUAGAAGAGGAGAGGGACAGCGACCAUGUCCUGGUCACGCACUCGGACAGAUGCGUGACUUUGUACAAGGUGUCAGACCAGAAGCGACUCAGCAGCUGGACAGUGAAACAGGGACAAACUCUCACCUGCUCAGCAGUCUUCAACUCACAGAGUCGAGAAUAUGUGGUGGUCUCGGACAGCAAGGUUGUCAGAAUUUGGAAGGAAGAAGACAUACUUUUGGACAAAGCCUUCAAAGCUACUGUGUCUUCAGACAUGUGGAAGGUUCACUGUGUUGCAGGACACGAGCCGGUGGUCUUGUUCCAGAGAGGAGCAGUGAGGCUGCUGGACUCUCUGCUUUCUGCUCCCCAGCAACCCAUAGAAGAAGUCUUGGCUCAAGAAGAAACUAUUAGAUGGAGCACCAAUAUUGUGGCAGAGACACAGCAGUGUGUCAUUUUCACAACUGAACAGAAAGGCGAACAUUUCCUCUACCUGCAGAAACUGAACCCAAACUCUCUCCUGAGGUACCGGCUGGAGAGAGAGGAGCCGGGACUCUCCCCACUCAGCUUCUCCGCCUCCUGCAGGGAUAGACACAUAUGCCUGCUUUACCUCUACCCUAACGGUCACGUGUACCAGAGUGUCGUCGCUGUGCGGAGCCUUGGAUCUGAAGAUGGAGCCCAGGCUCUCCCACUUCCCCGGACCCUGCUGCUGGCUCUUCCAGUCGGCGAGGGUCUGCUGGAGGCAGCGUCCGCUCUGGUCCUCGAUGAAGCCCAUGCCGCUGUUGUGGGGGUGCCACACCCCUCUGCUGGAGCCGGCAAAGAUUUUCUCUGCAUCUGGAAUACCAAUUUUCAGACACUGCAAGCAGGAAAAGAGAUGGCGGGUAAAAUCUUUGGGCAGCUUUGGAGUUUCUCCAACAAGCUCUUUAUUCCACAUGGGAAAACGCUCUCUGUUAUACCAUUCGAAUGCCCCAAGUCUUCCCUCGCUUCAGCCCUGGGCAAGCUGAAACAGGCCAAAACUGAAGAGUCUCAGUCUCCAGCCUGCGUGCCCUCGUGGAAUAACAUCCUGCACGGAGACAAAGCUCAGCCCUCGAGAGUGGAGACCAGGAAGGUGAGAGUAACCAGAAGGACACAAUUGACGACGAUUUUAACAAUUGAUCAAAUACUGGAGCUCAUUAAAACGGCGCCGGCAGAGGAGGUCCAGCGGGAGGUGGAGGGGCUGCUGUCCAGGUCAGACCUCCCGGACCUGCAGCCCUCAGUGGGGCAGCUGGCGGCCGUCCUUGUGUCCCGGAGCCUGGCCGAUCCGGCCUUCUACUCCCACAGCACCCUGGCUCAGCUCGUGCACACUCGAUGUCUGUGCCACAGUGUUUGUCCUGACCUUGUCCUCUUGGCACUUGAGAGGAAGGAUUACUUUCUGUGUCAGCUCUGCUUGCAGUUCUUCCCCGACAUCCCUGAAGCCGUCACCUGUGCUUGCCUCAAGGCCUUCAUCAGUGUGCCAGAUGUUGAUGUAGAGAAGAUGAACCUGGAGCCUGAGAGCAUCUCUUUCAUGGAGACUUUAAUCUCAAGACAGCACGAGCAGUCCGGCUUGCAGAAUGGUUUCAGCCCCAAAUCCAUGGAGGAGGAUCAGUCGGACACCGUCAGUGACCAGCAAAGCACAGCAGAGGAGGAGAAGAAGAAGAAGAAGGCGGCUGCUCCACCGGGGCACGUUUGUCCGGUGGGAUUACAGAAGGCUGUCCUGCUAAAUGAGGUCCUGCAGACGGCGUACAGCGACACAUUCAUCCUCCCUCAUCUGAAAGAGCUUUCUUCUCAACAUGUCGUCCUUUUCCUCCGAUAUCUGCAAUUCCUCUACCUAAGAUAUUCCCAAGCUCCUGUCUCACAAAUGGAAGGACAGAGAUCACCCAGUCUGACUCAGGUCAUGGACUGGAUGUGCCUGCUGUUGGACGCCCAUUUCACAGUGCUGGUGAUGACUCCAGACGCCAAAGGCUUACUGCUGGACCUCCACACUUUCGUUAAGUCUCAGGUGAAACUGGUGUCUGAACUGGGGAAGAUCGAGGGCAGCCUCCAGGAGCUCAGUAAGAUGAAAGAGAAGAAGGACGUUGGACAAUACUCAAUUGAAGUCAUUGAGCUGUUUUAAAAUGUGUAUACAAUCCUUUUAAUAAUUAUUUGAGAAUGUUUUCCUUCCAGCGUAUCUUGAGGGGAAACUCUUCAUGUCAAGGUUUUCAUACUGUACCAGCUGUUAAAGUGCAUUUUGGCACAGAUGACAGCAACCAUAAGUUUACCUGUAACUAAAGAGACUAAGAUGAUGUAACUUACAGUGUUAUACAGGUCUCUGAACUGUGUGGUUGAACUUGUUAAAGCUGGUGAAAUGUUGACCAUCCAUUAAAUAUGGUUUGCAUGUCUACUUGACAGUCUGCUCUUAAAGUCAGCAAGGAAUUUCUCAGAUGCAUAAAGAAGCCCAUGUCAUGUGUGGCUGCUUAUAUUAAGACAACUGUUUUAAAUUUUUUGAAUGCGUUCUCUGUAUGUGUCCAAACGGAAUAUUUCUAAGUCUGUCAGUUGUAACUUUUGUUUUUGUUUUUCCCCCACAUGAAAUCCUAUUUUGUUGAAUAUAAAUAUAUAACAUUGGGAAAAA